AUGAUAUCACAGCAGCUCCAAAGCUAUAUUACACAAUUCCUGGAAACAACAGGGUUGCCUGAUUCGCAAUUGAAAAUCUUGUUAUGUACAUUGCUAUCAUUUCCAUUUAGCGUUAUCUUCAAGAGGUUACCAGAUCAAAAUUAUGCUUUGAAAAAUGCAUACAACAUCUCAGUUUCGGCAUUUUAUAUCUUCGGUAUAUUGGAAUUGUAUUCUGGAUUGCAGACUUUGCUUUUUUCAUCAUUGGGAUGUUACUUUAUUACCAGAUAUGUAAGAACCUCAUCAAUGCCGUGGAUCAAUUUCCUUUUUUUAAUGACCCAUUUAGCUUACAGCCAUUUCCAUGAACAAUUCUUUCAAGUGUAUAAUCCUGCAAAAAUCGAUAUAACAGGUGCUCAAAUGGUGUUGGUUAUGAAAUUGUCUGCCUUUGGUUGGAACGUUUACGAUGCAAAGCAAUCUAAAGAAGCGUUAACCUCAUUCACCAAAGAUCGUAUCGUUAAAAAGCAUCCAAACUUACUCUCUUACUUUGGUUAUGUUUUCUUUUAUGCUUCAUUAUUAACAGGGCCAGCUUUUGACUUUGCGGAUUAUGAUAAGUUUAUUCAUUCUACAUUAUUUGAUGACGUGCCCGACUCUAAACGUCCAGGAAAGAGAAGAAAGCGUAGGAUCCCAAGAAGUGGUAUUCCGGCGCUUAAGAAAACUAUACAAGGGGCUUUUUGGGCCGUAGCCUUACUUGUUUUGUCCAAAUAUGUGAGUCUUGAGUACGUAUUAGGUGGUAAAUUUGUUAAGGAACAUGGAUUCAUAUACCGUAUCUUUUAUUUGUGGGCUUUAGGAUUUUAUCAUAGGUUACCAUACUAUACAAUUUGGCUAAUUGCAGAAGGUUCAUGUAUUCAAUGUGGUAUAGGUUAUAAUGGAUACGAUUCUGAGACUGAUUCAUUCAAAUGGGACCGUGUACAAAAUAUUGAUCCAUAUAAAUUUGAAACUGGACAAAACUGCCAUGUAUGUUUAGAAUCUUGGAAUAUGAACACCAAUAAGUGGUUAAAACAUUAUGUUCAUAGGAGAAUUGCGAAGAAAGGUAAGAAACCUGGCUUUAAGAGUACUCUUUUUACCUUUUUAACAAGUGCAUUUUGGCAUGGAACUAGACCUGGAUAUUAUUUAACCUUUGUAAUGGGAGCAUUCUUACAGACUAUAGGUAAAAUCUACCGCCAUAACUUUCGUCCUAUGUUCCUUCAGAAAGAUGGUGUCACUCCAAAACCAACCAAAAAGAUAUAUGACUCGGUAUGCUACGUUUGUACACAAUUGGCAUUCGGCUUUAUUGUUCAGCCUUUCAUGAUUUUGGAUUUUAAGCAAUCGCUUUACUGCUGGCUGACCGUCAAUUUUUAUGUCCAGAUUGCGACCUUCAUAACUAUAUUUGCAUUUAAGGGUCCUUACAGCAAAUCCCUCACUGCGUGGUGUAGGUCUCAUCAUGACUCACUCAAGAAGAAUGAUGAUGUUGCUCGUCCUGAGCAUAAGUUAUCUGAAGAAGAAGCAGCUAAAGCCCGAGACGCUGUAAGUACGCUUUUAGAAAAGGGGGAUGAAAGAUUUAGAAGUCCUAAUUUAGGCGUACCACCUAUUGAUAUAUUGGAAUCCAUUGACCAAGAGGAUAUAGAUGAAGAUUUGAAAGAAUUAGGUGACGUAUGGACUUCGUUCCGAGGACGUAUUUCACAUCUUAAAGAUGAUGAUUUCGAGGGCUUGAAAGAUGCGUACAACAAUUUCACCAACGAAAUUGAGGAAACUUUUCAUGUCAAAAAAGAAGAUUUCUUAGCCAAAAAGCAAAGCUGA